AUGGUCUCCCUCGCCCCCUUUGUCCUGCGCCGCCCAUGGCUCACGAAAAUGUUGAUGCCCGCUGCCACCUGGUACGCCAAUGCCGCCGGCUACCGCAAGCUCGGCCUGAGAUUCGACGACCUCCUUGAAGAGGAGCGCGAGGCCGUCCAAAUCGCCAUCAAGCGCCUUUCCGACCAGGAGUCCUACGACCGCAUCUACCGUCUCCGCCGCGCCACCCAGUGCAGCUACCAGCACAAGCUGCUCCCCAAGGAGGACUGGACCAAGCCUGACGAGGACACCCCGUAUCUCCGCACAAUUAUUGCCCAGGUCGAGGCUGAGCUCGCCGAGAAGGACGCCCUCGACUCCAUGACCGUCAUCAAGAAGCACUAA